AUGCCAGCGGAGGAGCCCUGCGCCCCUGGUGCUCCUGGAGCCCCUGGCGGUCCUGGCGGCCCCGGCGGCCAGGGAGGAAGCCAGCGCGCGCCGGGCCCCGAGCUGCGCCUGUCCACCCAGCUGCUGCCGGAGCUCUACACCUUCGUGGUGCGCGUGCUGUUCUACCUGGCGCCUGUCUACCUAGCCGGCUACCUGGGGCUCAGCGUAACCUGGCUGCUGCUUGGGGCCCUGCUUUGGAUGUUGUGGCGCCGGAACCGCCGCGGGAAGCUAGGGCGCCUGGAGGCCGCCUUCGAAUUCCUAAACAACGAACGCCACUUCAUCAGCCGCGAGCUCCUGGGCCAGCAUCUGCCGGCAUGGAUCCACUUCCCGGAUGUGGAGCGGGUCGAGUGGGCCAACAAGAUCAUCGCCCAGAUCUGGCCCUACCUCAGCAUGAUCAUGGAGAACAAGUUUCGGGAGAAACUUGAACCCAAGAUCCGGGAAAAGAGUGCCCACCUGAGGACCUUCACCUUCACCAAGCUGUACUUUGGACAGAAGUGCCCCAGGGUAAAUGGUGUCAAGGUACAUACUAACAAAUGCAACCGAAGACAGGUCACCUUGGACCUGCAGAUAUGCUACAUCGGGGACUGUGAGAUCAGUGUGGAGCUGCAGAAGAUACAUGCAGGUGUGAAUGGGAUCCAGUUGCAGGGCACCCUGCGGGUCAUCCUGGAGCCCCUCCUGGUGGACAAGCCCUUCGUGGGAGCUGUCACCGUAUUCUUCCUUCAAAAGCCGCAUCUGCAGAUCAACUGGACAGGCUUGACCAACCUGCUGGAUGCACCAGGCAUCAAUGAAGUGUCAGACAGCCUGCUGGAGGACCUCAUUGCCGCCCACCUGGUGCUGCCCAACCGCGUGACUGUGCCUGUGAAGAAGGGCCUGGAUGUGACCAACCUGCGCUUCCCUUUGCCCUGUGGGGUGAUCAGAGUCUACUUGCUGGAAGCUGAGAAGCUGUCCGCAAAGGAUGGCUUCCUGGGGCUUGGAGGCAAAUCAGACCCCUACGCCAAGGUGAGCAUCGGCUUGCAGCAUUUCCGGAGCAGGACCAUCUACAAGAACCUGAACCCCACCUGGAAUGAGGUAUUUGAGUUCAUGGUGUAUGAAGUCCCUGGGCAGGACCUGGAGGUGGACCUGUAUGAUGAGGACACGGACAGGGAUGACUUCCUUGGCAGCCUGCAGAUCUGCCUGGGGGACGUCAUGACAAACAGAGUGGUGGAUGAGUGGUUUGUCCUGAAUGAUACAAACAGUGGGCGGCUGCAUCUGCGGCUGGAGUGGCUGUCACUGCUCACUGACCAGGACGCUAUGACUGAGGACCAUGGUGGCCUCUCCACUGCCAUCCUUGUGGUCUUCUUGGAGAAUGCCUGCAACCUGCCGAGAAACCCUUUCGACUACCUGAAUGGUGAAUAUAGAGCCAAAAAACUCUCCAGGUUUGCCAGGAACAAGGUCAGCAGAGACCCUUCUUCCUAUGUAAAGCUGACUGUAGGCAAGAAGACGCAUACAAGUAAGAUCUGUCCCCACAGCAAGGACCCGGUGUGGAGCCAGGUGUUCUCCUUCUUUGUGCACAGUGUGGCAGCUGAGCACCUCCGCCUGAAGGUGCUAGAUGAUGACCAGGAAUGCGCUCUGGGAGUGCUGGAGUUCCCGCUAUGCCAGAUCCUCCCCUACGCUGACCUCACCCUGGAGCAGCGCUUUCAGCUGGACCACUCUGGCCUGGACAGUCUCAUCUCCAUGAGGCUGGUGCUUCGGUUCUUGCGUGUGGAGGAACGGGAGCUGGGGAGCCCCUACACAGGACCCGAAGCCCUAAAGAAAGGCCCUCUGUUCAUCAAGAAGGUGGCCACUGACCACAGUUCCAAUGCCCCAGCCCAAGGAGAAGGCCCUACAGAUCUUCCAUGUCCCCCAGACCCUUCUUCAAACACCAAGGAGGCACCCAAGAACGCCACAACCACCACCAGUGCUGUCCCCGAGCCCCAAGAGACAGGCCCAGAGCCCAAAGGCAAGGACAGUGCCAAAGGGCUCUGUGAGCCCCCAGGGAAGAAGAAGAGCUCAACCACCGUCUUCUUGACUGUCCCAGGCCCCCACUCUCCGGGGCCCAUCAAGUCACCCAGGCCCAUGAAAUGCCCUACCUCCCCAUUCGCAUGGCCACCCACAGGACUAGCUCCCAGCAUGUCCUCGCUCAACUCCCUGGCCUCUUCCUGCUUUGACCUGACAGAUAACAGCCUCUACAUUGAAGGUGGGGACUGCGGGCAGCGGCGGCUUGGCGAGAUUCAGCUCACGGUUCGCUACGUGUGUCUGCGGCGCUGCCUCAGGGUGCUCAUCAACAGAUGCAGAAACCUGACGCCGUGCACCAGUAGUGGGGCAGAUCCCUAUGUCCGCAUCUACUUGCUGCCAGAAAGGAGGUGGGCAAGUCGGAAGAAGACCUCGGUGAAGAGGAAGACCCUGGAACCUCUGUUUGAUGAGACAUUUGAAUUUUUUGUUCCCAUGGAAGAAGUAAAGAAGAGGUCACUCGAUGUUGCAGUAAAAAAUAGUAGGCCACUUGGCUCACACAGAAGGAAAGAGUUAGGAAAAGUGCUGAUAGAYUUAUCAAAAGAAGAUCUGAUUAAGGGCUUCUCACAAUGGUAUGAGCUGACUCCAGAUGGACAGCCCAGAAGCUGAGGAUGAGUAGCAACAUCGCUGAUGUGUCUAUACAUGUACAGUUUGCCAUUUGAUGAAAGUAAAUACUGUGUUAAAUUUAUCUGCAU